AUGAGCAGCGUCUAUGAGCCGCGCCUUCUCGAACCGAUUCCGUUCAACCCGAGCUUGAACAUGAUGCCGCUUUUGAGUGCCUAUGACCUCUGGGCACUCGCUGACUGCCACUUGGAGGACACGGACGACUCGAUGACGACCGACGAGGAAGAUGGUCGCUUCAGCGUCGCCUCGACCCUCUCGACCCUCUCGACCGACUUGGACGAGUCCACCGACCACGACCGGAAGCACUGCGCGGUAUUUGGCUGCUCUAGCCCGGUCCGCGCCCGCGGCUUGUGCAAGCGCCAUGGCGGCGCCCGUGUCUGCGCCGUGCCGACGUGUGCCAAAGAAGCGCAGAACGGCCAAUUUUGCAUCGGCCACGGCGGCGGCAAGUGCUGCAAGGUCAGCGGCUGCUCCAACGCGGCGCAGUCCCAAGGUCUCUGCAAAGCCCACGGCGGCGGCUCCCGCUGCAAGCACCUUGGCUGCGAACGCAGUAGCCAAGGCGGCGGGUUCUGUCGCUCCCACGGCGGCGGCAAGCGCUGUGACGUGCCUGGCUGCACCAAGGGCGCUCAGCGGGGCACGAAAUGUGCCAAGCAUGGCGGCUGCCGGUCGUGCACACUGCCGGGCUGCACACGCACGGACCGCGGUGGCGGCCUCUGCGAGAUCCACCGCAAGGACAAGACGUGCGUUAUCGAAGGCUGCAAGCGGCUCGGCAAGACGCUUGGCAUGUGCACGCCGCACGUGCGUGAGCAGCGCCAUAGCGGGCUCCAAGCGCUUCUCAUGUAAACCGUAUCCUGUGUAAACCUAUAUUUAAUGUAAUCUUGCGUACGACAACCAAUGAAC